CGCGGGAGCGGGCCCGCGGCGCUGCCGGCCAGGCCGCAGGGGGCGGUGCGGGCCCGGCGCCUCUCUGCCGGGCGCAGGCGCCGCCGUGGGCCCGCGGUGGAGGGCAGCUCGCCCCGGGACGGCGGCUCCAUGCGCUGCCAGGUCUCGGUGCUGUAUUUCGCCAGGAGCGCAGAGCUGGCGGGGCUGCGCUGCGAGACCCUCUCGGUGCCACGGGAGAUCACCUCUCUGCAGCUCUGGGAGGAGAUCGUCAAGGUCCACCCCAGGCUUGCUGUCCUCCGGGAUCAAGUGGUAUUUGCUGUUCGUCAGGAGUACGUGCUUCUUGGAGAUCAGCUCCUGGUCCUGCAGCCUGGAGACGAGGUUGCCAUCAUCCCACCAAUUAGUGGAGGCUGAACCUGCCCAGGUUCUGUUAGGUCUGAAAAUGUGAUUGCAAUUCUCCCUCCACCCCAGUACUCUUGAGAAAACCCAACCUGUGUUUCCGUCUGUUUUUCUAUUGUGAUAUGGAAGAAAGCGAAGAUGUGCCAAAAGAUUUUAUCAAGCUCAAGUCUGAAA